AUGCCGCCCACGCCGAGCAAACUGAACCUGAACUUCGCCAGAAACGCGUACAGCGUGUUCGGGACACGCGGUACCAACAACACCGCUGACCAUCAGCGGGAACAGAAAACGGAACUUCUGGAGGGUACCAGAGGAAACGGCAUCCUCCACCUAAAGAAUGGCGUCGAUUACGUCAACCCCGGUGAGGAGGACCAAAUGGAAAUCCAUGGCUACAAGAGAAGCAGAAUUUUAACCAUCGUCAUCUGGCUGCUGAUCUUUCUCACCGGGGGCCUUCUCAGGCUGGUCUUUCACUGGGUACCGCAAUGGAUGUUACAAGCCACUCAUUCCAAAUGUCCACUCGAGGAAGCGGACACCGUUUUGCUCGUGGAGAAGUUCCAAGGAAAGCACACGAGCUAUUACGUGAAGAAGCUGAAGAAUAUGUCUGCUCAGGAUGUGAUGUCGAAGCCCUUCGACGGAGAGUCACUGAUGGAUAACGAUGCCUGGGUGGAAAAUGGCAGUAUGAUAACCAGCAAAGAGGUCAAGGAAGAAUACCCCACGUUGUCGCUGCACCUAACGGGAGGACAGUUCAAAAAUGUUCCAUCCAUCGUCUUCUUCCAUUGCAAGAAGCUGACUUACGUCUGGGACCCAGAAAGAGCCGAGUUCUUGAAGCUCCGUGGCUUGGACGUUGAUGUGCUCACCUCGACGUUGCAUCAGAUGCAGGGACUGAACUAUCACGAACAACAUAUGAGGCGGUGCGUUUAUGGAAACAACGAGAUUAUGAUUCCAGUGAAGAGUAUGGUAACACUCCUCUGCCUCGAAAUCCUCAAUCCAUUCUACGUCUUCCAAUUGCUCAGCUUCUGUCUCUGGGUGGCCGACAACUAUUACUACUACGCGAUGGCCAUUUUGUCAAUGUCCAGCGUCGGUAUACUGAUGGCAGUAUUCCAGACACGUCGGAAUCAACAAAAUCUAAUGUCCACCGUUCAUUCCUCCGACGUGGCCACCGUGAUGAAAGACCGUUUAACGGGGCAAACAGCAACCGUGCCCGCCGAACGAUUGGUCCCAGGUGACAUUUUAGUCAUUCCAUCCCAUGGAUGUCUGAUGCCAUGCGACGCGGUACUUCUAACCGGAAACUGUAUCCUGAACGAGUCUAUGCUGACUGGGGAAUCUGUCCCCGUCACGAAAACACCAAUCCCUUCGUCCACCGAUGUCACCUAUGACACCAAGGAGCACGCUAGACACACGCUGUUCUGUGGUACCAAGGUUAUUCAGACCAGGUACUACGGAUCAGAAAAGGUACUAGCUGUGGUCGUCAGGACAGGAUUCAACACCAGCAAGGGUGCCCUGGUAAGGUCCAUCAUGUAUCCUCCCCCUGUCGACUUCAAGUUCGAGCAAGACUCUUACAAGUUUGUCAUCAUGCUCGCCGGGAUAGCUAGUAUCGGGGUCGUUUACACAAUCGUGACGAAAGUGAUGAGAGGCGUGCAGAGCGAUCACAUCGUUCUAGAGGCCCUGGAUUUGAUCACGGUAGUUGUGCCACCAGCACUGCCAGCUGCGAUGACAGUUGGUCGCCUGGUGGCGCAGCGUAGAUUAGAGAAGAACAAGAUCUAUUGCACCAGUCCAAGGACCAUCAACGUGUCGGGAUCAAUCGACUGCAUCUGCUUCGAUAAAACUGGCACGUUGACGGAGGAUGGUCUCGACAUGUGGGGCGUGGUGCCCGCUGUCGAUCGAAAGUUCCAAGUGCCCAUAAAAGAUAUCACGUCUUUGCCCCUUAACGAUCUCCUGAACGGCAUGGUAACUUGUCACGGAAUCACUAUAAUAGACAGUCAGCCGGUGGGUGAUCCGCUCGAUCUGAAAAUGUUCGAGUCCACCGGAUGGUCCCUCGAGGAACCAGACGUAUCCGACACGUCCAAGUUCUCGAUGCUGUUCCCAACGAUCGUCCGGCCACCGAAGAGCUCCAAGUUGCUGAAGAGGCUCGCCAAUGAUCUGAGGAACUCGCUCAGUCGACAAAACUCCAUGUCUUCCGACGUGAUCGACAAUAUCUCCUUGAACAACCUCGACACCGCGCUGGCUGGCUCCACCACAGAGUUGGGGGAUCAGGGUGUAGAGAUCGGAAUUGUACGGCAGUUUCCGUUCACGUCCAGCCUUCAGAGAAUGAGCGUGAUCACCAGAACGUUGGGCGCCAAUCACUACGAUCUGUACUGCAAGGGGAGCCCGGAGAUGAUUCUGAGCUUGUCGAAGGCAGAGUCCAUUCCACCAGACUUUGCCGCCACGUUGCAAGAUUACACCUCAGAGGGCUACCGCGUGAUCGCUCUGGCCCACAAAUCCCUGAACCGUCUUCCUUACGCCAAGGUCCAACGAUUGAGUCGCGAGGCCGCAGAAUCUGACCUGACGUUCCUCGCGUUCGUGAUCAUGGAGAACAGACUGAAGCCUGAAACCAGCCCAGUGAUCAGUGCUCUGAACACUGCCAGCAUCAAGACCGUGAUGGUGACCGGCGACAAUAUGCUAACCGCGCUGUCGGUCGCCAGAGACUGCGACAUCGUGAAGCCAGGUACACCGGUGAUCGCAGUUUCAGCGACCCAGCAGAAUCAGAUGAAGCCUCAGAUCUAUUUCACGAAGAGCAACAGUCAACCGACACCUGUAUCACCCAUGGGACACGGUGGUUUCAGCGAGAUCACUGACCUGAACAGUGUGGCCAGCUUAGAGACGGUUGAAAGUGGCUCGUUCGGGAACAAUCAAUACGAGAACAAUGUCAAUUAUUUAUCGGAUGACCUACACCACUCGAAGAACAAAUACGUCUUCGCGCUUACGGGUAAAACGUGGGCGUUGGUCAAACAAUACUACCCAGAACUGAUCCCCAAAUUAGUCACUAGAGGCGCAAUCUUCGCGAGAAUGUCCCCGGACCAGAAGCAACAACUUGUUCAGGAAUUGCAAUCGUUAGGGUACUAUGUUGCUAUGGUAGGCGACGGUGCAAACGAUUGCGGUGCCCUGAAGGCAGCCCACACGGGAAUCUCUCUCUCCGACACGGAAUCCUCGGUGGCCUCGCCGUUCACCAGCCGCGAGACCAACAUCUCUUCCGUGUUGACCGUGAUCCGAGAGGGUCGUGCAGCUUUGGUCACGUCCUUCGGGAUCUUCAAGUACAUGGCGAGCUACUCCCUCACUCAAUUCAUCUCUGUGAUGCUUCUAUACAGCAUCGAGUCCAACCUGACGGACAUCGAGUUCCUCUACAUCGAUCUCUUCAUCAUAUCCAUCUUCGCGUUCUUCUUCGGACGUACACAAGCCUACGACGGUCCACUGGUGAAAACUGCCCCGUUGAACAGUCUGAUCAGCACCACGCCGAUUCUAAGUCUGGUCACUCAGAUCAUGGUCGUGGCGAUCUUCCAAUACGCAAGUCUCUGGCAUCUACGACAGAUGGACUGGUUCGAGCCGUUCAACGCUACCGCCAAGUCACUCGAGGACAAAGACGACGUUGGUUGCACGGAAAACUACACGGUGUUCAUCGUCAGCUCGAUGCAGUACAUCAUACUGGCGGUGGCGUUCUCGAAGGGACAUCCUUACAGAAAGUCUCUGUUCACGAAUUACGGUCUUCUCACCUCGUUCAUCUUCCUCAGCCUGUUCUCCGUCUAUCUAGCGACUUUCCCGUUCGAUUGGUUGGUCGAUUGGUUCGAGCUCGUGCUCCCCGAGAGCGUCAGCUUCCGGUUCAUCCUGGUCGGCUACGGAGUGGCGAACUUCGUGAUAUCUCUGUUAAUGGAAUACCUGUUCGUCGACUAUCUGGUCUUCAACAAGCUACGCUAUCGCUGGCACAACGUCGACAAGUCCAGACGGAAGUUCCUCGCUAUCGAUCGUGACAUGGCGCGCGACCCAAAAUGGCCGCCGAUCUCGCAGGAACCACUACCAGAAGCCGCGCCGGAUAUCUUGAUCAGACAGAACGUCACUGAGAUCAAGAUCGAGAAACGAGUCCCUGAACCACGUUCAGUGGACACCAGCUUCAUGAACAGUCCAGUCUGUGCGAAUUUCAAGCAAUUCGGCUCGGCCAGAGAGGUGACCCUGAAUCCACGAUCGCUGUUCAACGAUCGUCGGAAUACAGUAUCGAUGCAGACGGUGCCCUGCUUCGAGGAUCACACGGCGCCCAAGCCGAAGAUCGAUCUGAUCGGGAAGAGAAGACACAAUUCCGAGUCCGAGAACGCGUAUUACGGGACUUGA